ACGCGUUUGUCGUCACCAAAGAUGGCGGCGAACUGUGCUCGUGUUGUCGGUUCGUUAUUGGGGAAAAGUGUACAUUUCGCCUCGUCUACAAGGCCAGUGACACUGCGGUUCUGCCGACAGAUAUGCGGGACCCCUGCCCUCCGCAGGAAGAACCUGGGGGCCGCAGGGCCGGAGAAGUUCACCGCAGAGUUCAUCCAGAAGCAGGUGGAGGAGUUUGAGAUCGGGAAGCGGCACCUGGCCAACAUGAUGGGAGAGGAUCCCGAGAACUUCACUCAGGAGGACAUAGACAGGAGCAUCGCCUACCUCUUCCCCUCUGGCCUGUUUGAGAAGAGAGCUCGGCCCCUCAUGAAGCAUCCCGUUGAGAUCUUUCCAAAGCAGAGAGCGGUGCAGUGGGGACCAGAUGGACGGCCUUUCCACUUCCUGUUCUACACCGGCAAACAGUACUACUAUUCCCUCAUGCAUGAUCUGUACGGCAGAGUUCUGAAGGUGGAGAAGCACCAGGACCAGCUGAGAGCCAAAGGACUGUUCCCGACUGAGCCCAAGCAGAUCGCUCUGGGAACCAGCAGGUGGCUGACCAAGGAGGAGCUGGAGGCGCGGCUGGUGGAGCCCAUCUCCAGUCAGGACUACGAGUGCUUCAUCCAGCUGAUGGAGCGCCUGCUGGCCAUGCCCUGCUGCAGCCUGGAGCAGCAGUUCGUUAUGAGCCACCGCCAGCAGCUGGAGGCCCAGUCCAUGCAUCAGGUGGUGCCACCGCUGCAGAAGGACGACGCCGGGGUGGACUUCAGCACCGCAGAGGGCAGGAGGAAGACAUCCAGGGGAUCUGUGGUGGUUCGUGACUGCGGCGCAGGACGCCUCACCGUCAACGGUCAAGACUACCUGCACUACUUCCCUGUGCUGCAGGACAGGGAGCAGCUGAUGUUCCCGCUGCAGUUCUGCGGCCUGCUUGGCCGUUUCAACCUGGACUGCUCCGUGAGCGGCGGUGGCAGAUCCAGCCAGGCGGGGGCGCUGCGGCUCGCCAUCUCCCGGGCGCUGCUCAGCUUCCUGCCGCAGAGCGAAGGAGAGGCCAUGAGGCAAGCUGGUCUGCUGACCCCUGACCCCCGGGUUAGAGAGAGGAAGAAGCCCGGACAGGAGGGAGCGCGGCGCAAGUUCACCUGGAAGAAACGCUGAGAAUCCUCCGUCCCAGCUGCUGCAGUGACAUUAUCUGUCCACUAGAUGGAGACAGGCUGUAAAAUAUGAACAUUUUUCCUGUUGUGAUGAAAUAAAUUAAAGAUUUUCUUAUAAAAACAAAGCGUGCAUGUCA